AUGAAUCAGUCCUACGGCAAUGGCGCCGUGAGUGCGUCUCCCGAGUUCUCGAAACUAGAUACAUCGGCCGCGACCCUCGAGCAAAAGAAGGAGGGGUCUACCAUAGAUGCUGGCUUGCGAAGUUUGGAUCACUCGACCUUGUCUCACAGUUCUCCCCUUGAAUUGCUACUGCUGCUACCCGGACUACGCUUCGAGGAAGCAUUCAAAGGCCAUGCGCUCACGGUAUCUUCAGAUAGACGAGCGCUCCCGAAAUGGCGAUACGAUCUACGACAGCGGCUGUUGCCUCUCAUAAGAUGGGAGACUCCCUAUCUCGCCUUGCUCCAGGAAACCUUGCGUACUCCGGCUCUGGAUAGUUAUUUCGCCAUCACCGCGAACCUCGGCACACACACUUUCUUCAUGAUCGGCCUGCCAAUCUUGUUCUGGUGCGGUAAUGCAUCGUUUGGCAAAGGACUCGUACACAUCCUCGCCGCUGGCGUCUUCUUCACCGGUUUCGUCAAGGACUUCUUUUCGUUGCCAAGGCCCCUCUCCCCGCCACUCCACAGAAUCACCAUGUCUGGGUCCGCAGCUCUGGAAUAUGGUUUCCCGUCUACACAUUCUGCCAACGCGGUUUCGGUCGCGGUAUACGGUAUGCUCAUAUUACACUCACCUGACAACACGUUGCAGCCCAAUACGAAAUUCGCGCUCGAAGCGUUGGCGUACUGCUACACAGUCAGCAUCAUUUUUGGUCGGCUGUACUGCGGUAUGCAUGGUUUCCUCGACGUCAUCAUCGGCUCGGUAAUGGGCGCAGUCAUAUCGCUCAUCGAGUUUCACUACGGCCCAGCCAUUGAGAUAUAUCUGCGUGAGCAAGCAAUUACGGGGGUAUUGGUCUUGGCGCUAAUCAUUGUCGUUCUUGUCCGAGUACAUCCGGAGCCUGCUGAUGACUGCCCUUGCUUUGACGACAGUGUUGCCUUUGCGGGCGUCGUAAUUGGUGUCGAGAUUGGCACAUGGCAUUUCUCCAACACCCUCUUUGCCCUCGUUCCUUUUGACCUCGAGACUCUGGGCUGGGUCAAGGUAAUUGUGCGUAUCCUAAUUGGUGUGUUCUGUGUUGUGGCAUGGCGGGAAAUCGCCAAGCCCGUGUUGCUCAAGAGUCUCCCCUACGUCUUCCGUAUCAUUGAGACGUGGGGCCUAGCAUUGCCCAGACGAUUCUUCAUGCCGGCCUCGGAGUAUCAGAAUAUCCCCCUUCGGCUGCGAGUCGAUAACAUGAUGCCCAAUGUGAGCGAGAUCCCAAAGUUUGUCAAUAACAUUCGACGAGGUGGCCGUGGAAGGUCUGUCAGCAUUGGACCACAAAGUGCAGCAGACGCCUACGAGACACUGGCCUAUCGCGAACGCAGGCGGCGGGAGAGCAUUGGCAGCAACGGCAGCGUGAGGAGCAAGGCGAGCAUUGCGGAUCUCAAGGCAAGCUCUCCUCCGCCUGACUCGCCCGAAGAUCAAGCAGGGCGAAGUAGUGCCAUCAGUGGUGCAAGCAAGCUGAAAAAUUAUGAGGACAUGAUGGGCGAAGGAACAGUGGUUGUCUCGCCCAGCGAAGAAAAGGACAACGAGGACCCGACCCUUUACAUUGGGCAGCAGGAUGAGCUCGGCGAGCGAGAGGUCUUUGCCAAGUUGGUCAAACCAAGAGUCAGAUACGAUGUCGAGGUUGUCACGAAAUUGGUGGUGUAUGGUGGUAUCGGAUUAGUUGCAGUCGAUUUUGUUCCCAUCAUGUUCGAGUUUGUCGGCUUGGGUGCUGGCCACCCUGCCUAG